CGUCCUUCUUCUGAACCUUUCAGCUUCAAACGCUUUUGUGUCAGUUUGGACACUUACCGGACAAACACUUGACGCCUAUGAGAAUGCCACCAACGUCUGAUCGACACCAAGUGGGAGCCGCAUCUGGUUGAGCCCGGGCACCUUGAUGGGCAGAGGUAGUGCUUUCCUGGAGCAAGGCAUGCCAUUCCCAUGGCCAAAAGGUAUCAUGAAGAAGACACACUUUGAUAAAGUGCUAUAAGAAUGGCUCCUAUCCUUUCUUCCAGCCACGAAGCCAAUCGUUCAACGCUGGCAUUUUUUAGUUCCCAUUUCUCAAACGCAGCGCAACUACAAUCACCACACUUCACAAUGUCCUCCGAGUCCUUUUCAGAGACUCGAUCACAACCUCCGUCACCACCUUCACCAGCCUCACCACCAUUACCGCCGUCAAUCCCCCUGCCACGCUCACCAUCUAUACCCUCGACACCUAGCACUGGACGUCCUCAAGUUUCCACAGCCCCGGCCUCCUGUCCCUCCACUUCCCAGCCCACUUCGGCCCCCACUUCCCACACCUCUUCCGCCGAAAGCUCCUUAUUUGACUUGUCCGUAUUCUUUUCACUCGACCCACGGCCAGUAACAACCCGUGAUCCCAGCCCAGGCAUGACUUCUCCGAGUCUACCCAGCUCAGAGGCAGACCCUCAGUCAAUCCCUCAGUCCAUGGCCAGCUCCCAAGCCAGCGAAAACUUCACCGCUUCUAGAGGUACCUGGACUGUCUCAACGGAAGAAUAUCCUCGACCGACGGGGAAUCUCCAACCAAACUCGCAAACCAGCUCCGAAGAAGGCUUCAUCUAUUUCACCGGGACCAUACCCCUGAGCCCUCCUAUUCCAUUAUCCCGGUGCCCGGGCGGUACCCCUCAGAUUAACACCCAAGCUGCUUCCCCAGACGCUUCAAAUCUUCAACCCAGCAUUUGUCCAUGCCUUACACCUAUCCUCCAAGUCAGAUUGCCCGGCUCUUGGGCUUCCUCUCGCAGUACUUCUCUCCUUUCGUCUCCGUUGUCCAGCUCUCAGCCAAAUGCCCAACCCCAUACCGCAACGAGCUCCAACCCCCACCCCAGUCCUAUUCUCCACGUAACCAUCAUGCCGGGCUCUUGGGUUUCCUUACCCAACUCUCCUAUUCCUUCUCUUCUCAGCUCGCCUGUUCUUGAAGCAACUACUUCUAGUGAUCCCGUUACUCCAAUUACAUGCACCUCCACCACUUCCACCACCCUCACCAACCUAAUGACUCCCAUCGCUCCCGCGGCUCCCACCACUUCCACCACCCCAAUCCGCAACGACACAGACAGCACAUCAGACAUCACGAUCGCCAUCGCAGGCCUCAACAUCUGCAACCCCACUACACACAACACCGAGCCAAGUAUCGACACCGACAGCAACACCAACACCAACAAAUGCACUAACCCAAGUGGCGGUACCGAUGAAAGUCCUAGCAGCAAGAACACCGCAGACGGACCCAACGCCGCUUUGGCAACUUUGACUACCUCUACAAUGUGCAGCUCGUGUGAAGGUGGUCUCCCUUCUCCUGCUAAUAGUACGGGUAGUUUUGAGCUGGGUUGUGUUCAGCAGUGA